AUGGCCUUAUCACUUCUCGGAUCAUUAUCCAAACUCGAUAUUGAGAAGACUGUUGGGUACAUACGAAAGUGUAGGAACUUCGAUGGUGGCUUUGGCCCUUGCGAAGGCGGCGAAGCCAUGCUGCUCAAGGUCAAUAUCUAUGUUUGUCUGGGAACGCUCGCUAUAUUAGACAAAUUAGAUGAGGUUGACCAGUCGACGCUGGGCUGGUGGCUUGCCGAACGUCAGUUACCGAAUGGAGGGCUGAAUGGGCGACCAGAGAAACUAGAGGAUGUAUGCUAUAGCUUUUGGGUUCUAUCAUCACUCGCAAUUAUUCGCAGACUUCAUUGGAUUGAUUCUGAGGCAUUAACAAAGUUCAUCCUGUCCGCUCAAGAUCCAGAGAGUGGUGGGAUAGCGGAUCGACCAGGUGAUAUGGCCGAUGUAUUCCACACCGUCUUUGGGGUGGCUGGAUUAUCAUUGCUCGGCUAUCCUGGCCUUGUGGACCUUGAUCCGGUGUAUUGCAUGCCCGCUGCAAUUAUUGAGAAGCUCGGCCUGCGUAAAGAUUGGCGUGCAUUGCCCAGGCGCUCCUGA